CCGGCGUCCUUCGAGCUGGUCGCAGGUGCCAGGCGGUGUGGCCGCAAACACCGCAGGAGUCGGCGGCGCUGCUCAACGGGGGAGGCGUGCGGCCCCGCUCAACAAGAAACGGCGCCACGCGGCGCGGACCUGGGUCGACGGCGGAAGCGGGGCAGAGAGUGCGGCAUGCCUUUGCCCUUGCAUGGCUUUCGCAGUGGUUUCGUAAUGAAAAACAUUGCGCGGCACCUCCCGCGUGGCUUCUGCAUGCAGUGGCCCCGGGCACGAACUGGCCGCGUCAUUGUGCCGGACGUCCGCCCGCAUUGGCCGAACCCGCGGCGCCUCCCUCUUGGUGGUGGUGAGUUAGUUUCCUCCGGAGUGGAAUUGCCCAUGUGCAAGCACGUCCGAGAGUGCGAGACCUUUCUUCG